ACUCAGCAGAAUGGAGACAAGCCUUAAUGAGUAAUCUGUUGACUCCACUAAUGGAAAAGUUUAAAAUUCUGUUAGAAAAGUUGAUGCUGGCACAAGAUGAAGAAAGGCAAGCCUCUCUAGCAGACUGUCUCAACCAUGCUGUUGGAUUUGCAAGUCGAACCAGUAACGCUUUCAGCAACAAGCAGACUGUGAAACAAUGUGGCCAUUCCGAAGUUUAUCUGAACUGUUUACAGACAUUCUUGCCGGACCUCGGUUGUCCCUUACACAAGGGUAUUCUCAGAAGUGGAGUACGUACUUUCCUUUAUCGAAUGAUUGUUUGCCCGGAGGAAGAAGUUCUUCCUUUCAUCCCAUCUGCUUCAGAACAUAUGCUCAAAGAUUGUGAAGCAGAAGACCUCCAGGAGUUCAUUCCUCUUAUCAACCAGAUUACGGACAAAUUCAAGACACAGGUAUCCCCGUUUUUACGACAGAUGUUCAUGCCCCUGCUUCAUGCAGUUUUUGAAGUGCUGCUCCGGCCAGCGGAAGAAAAUGACCAGUCUGCUGCUUUAGAGAAGCAGAUGUUGCGAAGGAGUUACUUUGCUUUCCUGUGAACAGUCCCAGGCAGUGGGAUGCGCGAAGUUAUAGCAAAUCAAGGUGCAGAGAAUGUAGAAAAGUGCUGGUUACUGUUAUCCAAGGAGCAGUUGAAUAUCCAGAUCCAACUGCACAGAAAACAUGUUUUAUUGUCCUCUCAAAGUUGGAAGAACUCUGGGGAGGUAAAGAUGGACCAGUGGGAUUUGCUGAUUUUGUUUAUAAGCACAUUGUCCCUGCAUGUGUCCUAGCACCUUUAAAACAAACCUUUGACCUGGCAGAUGCACCAACAGUAUUGGCUUUAUCUGAGUGUGCAGUGACACUGAAAACAAUUCAUCUCAAACGAGGCCCAGAAUGUGUUCAGUAUCUUCAACAAGAAUACCUGCCCUCCUUGCAAGCGGUUCCAGAAAUAAUUCAGGAGUUUUGUCAAGCACUUCAGCAGUCUGAUGCUAAAGUUUUUAAAAAUUAC